UAGUUAUUGUGUGGAUGAAAGGUGGUUGGGCAGCCAAGGCGACUACUAAUCAAAACCUAAAUCCAGAUUUGAUCAAUCAAUCACCUCCUAAAACAUGACACCCAAUUCUGAUCAAUUCACUCCAUCAAUGUCGAAUCAACUAAGAGCUGUAACCCUAACCCAUGUCCGUUACCGAAGAGGAGAUCAAUUAGGCCAUUUCUUAGCAUGGAUUUCAUUAGUUCCCGUCUUCAUUAGCCUCGGUGGUUUCAUCUCCCAUUUCAUGUUUCGUCGUGAGCUCCAAGGUAUGUUCUUCGCUAUAGGCUUAUUAAUUGCCCAAUUCAUCAGCGAUUCGAUCAAACUAGUCGUCAAACAAGCCCGACCUGAAACCUGCGUCCUGCUCGAAAUGUGCGAUUCACAUGGCUGGCCAUCCAGCCAUUCUAAUUACAUGUUCUUCUUCGCCACCUAUUUCACUCUAUUGACUUAUUACAAACUGGAGAUUUUGUUUAGAAAGCAAAUGUGGAUCGUGGGUUUUGUCGUUUGGCCAUUGGCAGUGCUUACGAUGUAUUCUAGGGUAUAUUUGGGGUACCAUACCGUCGGUCAGGUGUUUGCCGGUGCUUCUCUUGGGCUUUUUCUUGGUGGGGUGUGGUUUUGGGUGGUUUAUUGUAAGAUUAGACGGUGUUUUCCGGCGAUUGAAGAAAGUUCGAUUGGGAGGUUGCUUUAUCUCAAAGAUACUUCACAUAUUCCCAAUAUUUUGGAGUUUGAGUAUGAAAAUGCAAGAGGUGCAAGAAGGCAUCCAUCGUACAAACGCUCAGACUGAUGACUGAUCUAAUAGUAGUUCACAGGUAUGCUUUUGUUUCUACCUUUCUCUCCAAAGUUAUUUUGGGGGAAUUUUUGAAGAGAAAUUUGGCCUAAACUUUAACUCCUUUUUCUUUAAAUCUUGAGGAUACAAUGUAAUAUUUUUGGUACUUCAAUUGCAUAUUUGAUCUUAUGUUUUUCUU